CCGCGCGUUUGUCUUCUCUCCGGAGCAGCGGCCGCUCACACCCGAGUUCUCCGGUCCUCCUCGCUUGUCGCCAGCCCCGUGCGUCCUGGGAUCCCAUGGAGCCCGAGCAGAGCGCGUCCCCGGGGGACGGCGCUGCUGAGGUGCUGCUGAGCGAGCUGGAGCGGCAGGUGCAGGACGUGGUGCGGGCGAGCUCCUGGUGGGAGCGCCGCGGUGUGGACUGCGCCGUCCUCGCUGUCAGCUUGCUCGCCUUGCCGGCGGGGUUCCUGUGCCUACGCUUCCAUAGUGUCCUGGCCUUUACCACUGGCAUCACAAUCUUGGGCAUCUGCCAUUACACACUCACGGUCAAGGGCAGUCACCUGGCCACUCACGGUGCCCUCACAGAGUCCAAACGCUGGAACAAGAUCUUGAUGAUUUUCUUUGUGGAGGUAUGCACAGCCUUUCCUGCAGAGUUUGGUAAGUUCAGCCACGUCAACAUGCACCAUGGUUACACCAACGUGGUGGGCCUGGGAGACUCGAGCACAUGGAAGAUCCCGUGCCUCAACCGCUACAUCUACAUGUUCCUUGCACCGCUUUUGAUCCCCAUCUUAACUCCACUGGUAGCUCUUGAGCAUUUGAGGAAGGAAGAGCUGAGGGUGGCACUUCGGACAUUGGGCUUCAUGUCCCUGGGCCUUUAUUCUCAGUACUGGCUGCUCCUGAAUGUGUCGGGCUUCAAGAGCCCCGGUUCAGCGCUGGCUUGCAUGCUGCUGGCCAGAUCCCUGCUGGCCCACCCCUAUCUCCAUGUCAACAUCUUCCAGCACAUCGGAUUGCCUAUGUUCUCCCCGGACAAGAAGCCCCGGCGGAUUCACAUGAUGAGCCUGGGGGUGCUGAACCUGCCACGGCAGCCACUGCUGGACUGGGCAUUUGGCCACUCGCUCAUCAGCUGCCAUGUGGAGCAUCACCUCUUCCCGUGGCUCUCUGACCACAUGUGCCUGAAGGUGAAGCCCUUGGUAUCCAAGUUUCUUCAUGACAAGCAGCUGCCCUAUAAUGAGGACUCCUACCUGGCUCGCUUCCAGCUGUUCCUCAGUCACUAUGAGGAGUUCAUGGUGCAUGCCCCGUCCAUCACCGAGCUGGUGGGGCUGCAGUGAAGGCUGGCUCCCCGCCCUGGCCCAGUCCUGGCCCUCCUGCACUGCUGGCCCCGGUGGCCCCGGUGGAUCUGGAACAUGGUGCUCUCGGGCAGACGGUGAAGCAGAGCAGAUUGUGCCUGAUGUCCCGGGGGUCUCCUGCUCUGGGGCCUCUCGGGGAGUUGAGUGGGGGUGGGGUGCAGGGAGAAGGACUGAAAGCAAUACAGAGGCUGCACUUCCUGAUCCACCUCGGCCUCGGCUGACUCCAUCUCAGGAUCCCUUUCUCUGCUGCAUCUGAGCCAGGGUAGGGCUAAGGGGGCUGGUGACGGGUGAGGUGGGAUCCUAUGCUCCGGUGGAGGGGGUUCAAAGAGAAGGGCCAGCCUCCUCAGCUCAGACCUCCCUGGUUGCCUAAGAGCCAUAUACUUCCCAAGCUGCUGCUUCUUCCCGUACCUUCUGAGGUUCUAGUCCCCCACGGCCAACAGGGUGAGGUCAUUUUUUGACAUGCCCCCCCUAGCUCUUCAACCAAAGGAGCCUGUGCCAGACCACGCUCAGCAGCCCCAGGACCCACAGUGUCAGUGAGAUAAAAGUGAGUGUAUUUCCAGGGAGGUGCUCCAGAGGGGAACAAAUGCCUCAGGCAUGAAAUUGGAGAAAGCACCCCUCAGUUUUGAGCAUGACCUUGGCUAGCUCUAGACAAGUCUGCCUUGUUCUGUGUUUAGAAGGAUCCAACCUGGGUGAAUUACUGGGAGGCGACUGAGGAUGGAGACAGUGAACUGGAGCUGGGCCAGGAGGACCAGGAGGGAUGGACAAAGCGGGGUGGGUGGGGUGAGAUAGGAGAGUUGAGGACAAGGGCUAGGCUUGGCUGUGGGAGGGCCGUUUGCAACUUGGGUGGGAGCCAAUGUUGCCAAACCUAGGAGGAAGCCACGCUGGGGACAAUACCAAGAUCCAGCCCAACAGGCAACUGAGAUGGAGCUGCCUCAGCCAGAGGAUGGAGCAGAGGGUUCCCGGAAGUACCCAGUGGAGACGGAAGGAGGGACUGCAAGGUUGACCGGCACCAGGAGGCCAGGGCAGUUGGUUCAUAGCCUGGCUUCUCACCUCAGCCCUCCGGACAUUUGGCUGAUUCACACACUCAGGCUGUGCCGAGCACUGUACACACCCCUGGCUUCUACUGACUGGAUGUUGGGAACCUAAAUCAUGACAAUCAAAACUGUCUCCUGAUACAGCCAAAUGUCUCCUGAGUGGCAAAACUUCCUUGAUUGAGAACAUACAAGCCAUUCUUCUGAGUGCAAACUGCUUUUUCAGUUAAAUCACUGGAUGGAAGGGGGGACUUCCCUGACGAUGGGAGGCUGAACACUAGCAAAAGGGACCCAAUAGGAUGGACAGAGAGCUGGGAGGAGCAGCGUGCAGGAACCCGUCUCUGGGGUCUGGUGUGGCCUAGGCAGAGGACCUGUUGCUAGCCUGGACAGCCCUUUCCUGCUGUCUUCACCUGGCCCUCCUCUAGCGGAGACCACAGCUUCUUCCAGGACCCUUUCCUCCAGCUAUGGCUCUUCCCAGCCUCUCCUUUGGGCUCCUUCUGGGCAGGGCCUGGCCUGGCAGUGGCUUCUAGCUGCUGCCGGCCCCUAGGUGCUUCUCUGCCUCUGUAUCUCUGCUCAGAGGUGCUUCUUCACAUGCCCUUCACUCUUCCUUUUGAGUCUGUGCCCUCUGUUCCCUGCUGGGAGGCUCCCGGACAGCAGUUUUGGCUCCAAGCCACCCUCUUGGGAUGGGGUGGGCUUGGCAGCCGCCACCACCUCCUGCUUUGCUAUAUGUCAUCGCUGGUCAUUUGAAAUGCAUUAGCAGUUCAGAAGGGGUCUUAAGGCCCGAGAGUGUGAUUCAUCAAACUGCAAAUUCUCCCUAUGAAAAAUGCGAUGUCAGAAAAGGGUCCUGGCAGCAUACCCAAAGCUAAUGAUUAAAACUAUCCACAUACACGA